AACCGAAGAGUAAAAUAAUCAAUCAUGGGUAAAGGAAAGCCAAGAGGAUUAAACGCCGCUAGAAAGUUGAGAGUCCACAGAAGAGAAAACAAGUGGGCUGACCAACAAUAUAAGUCCAGAUUGUUGGGAACUGCCUUCAAGUCGUCUCCUUUCGGUGGAUCUUCUCACGCUAAAGGUAUCGUGUUGGAAAAGAUUGGUAUUGAAUCCAAGCAACCAAACUCCGCUAUUAGAAAGUGUGUCAGAGUCCAAUUAAUCAAGAACGGUAAGAGAGUUACUGCUUUCGUUCCAAACGAUGGUUGUUUGAACUUUGUUGAUGAAAAUGACGAAGUCUUGUUGGCCGGUUUCGGUAGAAGAGGUAAGGCUAAGGGUGAUAUUCCUGGUGUUAGAUUCAAGGUUGUUAAAGUGUCUGGUGUUUCUUUGUUGGCCUUGUUCAAGGAAAAGAAGGAAAAGCCAAGAUCGUAAAUCAAUCUAUCCUUCAUCAUAUUAUAUUUUAUUAUUCCUAGAAUAUAACAAGAUAUUGUAUAUUUUAUAUUGCCGUUCCAGUGGUUAAUGCAUAAAAGAUU